CUACUGAACAAGUCAAGCUCUCCUCUUCACCGCUAUAUAACGCACACUUUCUCCAAUUCUCCAUCCAGGUGCCACUCAAAGCUCACACAUCGCCAUUGAUUCUCCACUCGAAGCUUAGCUACACAGAGAGAAGCAUCUAGUAGUAGUCGCAUGGGCAACAGCUUGCAGCUGCCAUGUCCGUGCCAGGAGGCCACGGCGGUGGCCACCUCGGGAGUCAAGAAGAGGAGGAAGAAGUCGCCGGCCACCGCCGCUGUCAGGAGCAGCAAGGCGGCGGCGGCGGCGUCGUCGAGGCACGUGGUUCCGGUGAUAGACACGCCGGGGGAGGAGGAGGAGAUGAGGAUGGCGUGGCCGGGGUGCCACGUGGAGCCGGCCGUCGACGGCGGCGACGGCAUGCGGGUGAAGGUGGUGAUGAAGAGGAAGGACGCGGCGGAGCUGAUGGCGAGGCUGGAGGAGCGGUGCGCUGUCGAGAGGAAGGCCAAGAUGGUGGAGCUCAACGCCGGGCUCCGCGGCGGCCACGGCCACGGUCACGGCGGCGGUGGCGCCAGGGACGCGUGGGCGCCGCGGCUCGUGGCCAUACCGGAGAACUAGCAAAUUAAGCAAGAACUGCAACUGCGAAAAAAUUCUGCAUGCACAGUACAGUAGCUGUAACAUUUUUGGAGCCCUGAUAAAAUUACAUAUAGCUCGAGUACAUUAGCUAGCAAGUUUUUAAUUAGUGACAUGGUGAAUUGAAUUGGUGAUUUCUACUCUCUUUGUUUUUUUUUCCUUCUCUUGAUUCCUCUUGGCUUCUUGAGAAGACGAACUCUGUCGGCUCCGCCAUGGCGCAGCAGUGUAUGCAGAGAGUUAUCAAUUGUGCAACUUAUGAUGAGCAUGAUAUGUUCAUAUCCAUGUGUAAAUAAUCCCCUUGUUUUAUAAGAUGCAUCCUUGCUUGAUAAAGAACAGGUUUUUAUUU